AUGGAAGAGCUAAUUAGUAAAGAAAACGAUUUAAAAGCAGAAAUAAGUAUUGCUUUAGUGAACCAAAGAAAGAAGCUCAGAAGCGAGACACAAUUGUGGCUUAAAAAUGUUGAGAACCUCAUAGCUGAGGUUAAGAACAUAGAAACUGAAAUCAUCCAAAACAAGAGAUGUAUAAAAGGAUGUUUCCCUAAUUAUCGUUCAAGAUACAGACUAAGCAAAGAGAUGAUGAAAAGAAUCAAUGAUAUGCGUGAGCUUCAUGCUAAAGGAGUAUUCUCAAACGGGCUAUUUGUUGAUUCUUUUCCAAAUCCUGGGAGAAUCCUACCAACAAGUGGUUUAGUGGGUGAUAAAACAUUUCAAAGUGUUUCAAAGGUGAUUUGGGAAGUAUUAGGUGAUGUAAAUACUAGUAAGCUUGGUGUUCAUGGAAUGGGGGGUGUUGGCAAGACAUCUGUUAUGAUGCAUAUUUAUAACCAGCUAAUCGAUUGUAAGGUUUUUGAUAAGGUGAUUUGGGUUAAUGUUUCAAAAACCCUUAAUGUGGAGAAAUUGCAACUUGAUAUUGCAAAUGCUAUCAAUUUGGAACUCUCAGAAGAAGAAAAUGUGAUAUGGAGAUCAACAAGAUUGCUUGAACAUCUACAAGGGAAAAAGUUUGUUCUCAUCUUAGAUGACAUGUGGCACCAUUUCUCCUUAGAAGAGGUAGGCAUCCCACAUCCAACCAUUGACAAUGGUUGCAAAUUUGUAAUUAUAACUCGCCUUAUGGAGGUUUGUCGUGGAAUGGAAACUCAAAGGGAAAUCAAAGUUGAACUCUUGUCCAAAAACGAAGCAUGGGAUCUAUUCACAACCAAAUCAGGUCCAAUUUGUGAAGAAAUAGAAUCUAUUGCAAAAUCAGUGUGUGAAAAUUGUGGGAGAUUGCCACUUGCAAUCAUCACAGUGGGACGUGCCAUGAGGAAAAUUGAAGAUAAAAGACUUUGGAAGAAUGCGCUUGAAGAAUUAGAGACCUCAAGAGCAGAAAUUUCAGAUCAUAGGAUCAAAGCUUCUGAACUUAUAGAGUACUGGAUGGCAGAAGAGUUGAUUACUGAAGUAGGUGAUCGAGAAAAGGAAAUCAACAAGGGUUACACAGUGCUAAAAAAGCUCAAAGAUGCUUGCUUGUUGGAAGACAUAGGAUCCGAUCAUGUCAAGAUGCAUGAUUUAGUAAGAGACAUGGCUAUCAGAAUUGCUAGAGAAAGUCCAAGGUUGAUUACUAAAGCUCAAAUGAAAUUAAACCGAAUGAAAAGAGAAUGGAUUGAAAACGUUGAGUGGGUGUCUUUAAUGGACAACAAUAUUACCAUUUUUCCUGAUAAUCCCAACUGCCAAAAACUAUCUACUUUGCUUCUUCAAAGAAACCCUCUUCCUGAAAAGAUUCAAGAUUCGUUCUUUAUGAAGAUGCAGUGUCUUAAAGCACUUGAUCUCUCUGGAACUGGAAUAAAAUCACUACCAGAGUCUGUUUCAAGUUUAUGUAAUCUUCGUGCACUUCUGUUAAGCUUCAGUAAGAUCAAGGAGCUUCCUUCAUUAACCAUGUUGAAGGAGUUAAGGGUGUUGGACUUAUCACAUAGCCGUUUGAGAAAGCUACCACAUGAUAUAGAAAAUUUAAACAAUUUGAGGCGUUUAGAUUUGUCUUACACUGAAAAACUACAAACAUUCCCAUCUGGUGCUAUCCAAAAGCUUUCUUGUUUAGAAAACUUUUCCAUGUUCAAAAGCAACUGGAGGUGGUCAGCAAAUAGAGAUGGAUUUGAAUCAUUUGAUGAAAUUUCAAGAUUGUCACGGUUGACCAGUCUUGGACUUUCCUUUGAGGACAAAACCAGCUUCAUUGGCUAUGUGAAAUCCAAACAAUGGUUGGUUCUUGAAAGUUAUCAUCUUGGAAUAGGUCAGUUAAACAUUUUGCUACCCACUGUUGAAGGAAUGCGAAGCAUUGAAAUUCAAGAUUGUAACCUUUGUCAUCAAGACAAAAUGAUUGAGCUUCCAAACAAUAUCCAACAAUUGGCACUCCACAGUUGUCAUGAUAUUACUAUUUUAUCAGAGCUUUCCGACACAACCAACUUGGAAAAUCUGAGACAAUGUUACAUCUCAAACUGUAAUGGCAUGGAGUUCAUCACAAAAGCAGAUAACUUUUUUCCAAAUCUUGAACUACUUGUCCUACGAAAGCUGCCAAAGUUGAAAGCAAUAUGUAAUGGUAUUACAUCGAGUCAGAUUUUCACAAAGGUGAAGAGCCUACAGAUCCACAGCUGCAAUAAAAUGAAGUCUUUGUUUUCAUCUCAUAUGCUACAAGACUUCCAGAACCUUGAAGAGAUUGAGGUGUGGAACUCAAGAUUGAUUGAAGAAAUGGUGGAAGAAGAACAAAGUGGAGGGAAUAUCAGUAGCUUUUCAACAGUUUUACUUCCAAAGCUUCGCCGAUUAUCCUUGUCCAUGUUACCAGAAUUGAAAUACAUCACAAGAAGGGUUUUGAUUUGUGAUUCUCUUGAAACAGUUGAGAUUUGGGAUUGUGAGGUUUUGAGGGCUCUUCCAUUCUCUAUUAGCUACUUGCCAUCAUCUCUUAAGAACAUUAAGGGAAACAUAAAUUGGUGGGAUCAGUUAGAAUGGGAUGACACUAGUUGCAAGAAUCUUCUGCAACCAUUCUUUGACCAAGGGCGUGGAGAAGUCGGCUACAUCACAAGACACAAAUCUGCCAAAAAGGAGCAGACCUGA